UCUCUCAGAAAUCAUUGCAAGCUCCAACGAUGAAGUUCUUUGCUCUGUGCGCUUUCCUGCUCCUCGCUCUUGUCGCCGUUCAGGCAGCACCUGGACAUGGUGGCGGCUUUGGACAAGGUGGACUUGGACGUGGAGGCGUUGGUGGUAACAGUGCCAUCGCCAAUGCCAAUGCAAAUGCUGACGCUCGUGGCUCAGGAUAUGGACAGUCUUCUGCCAUCGCUACUGCGAAUGCCAACGCUGGUUCCGGAGGUGGUGGACGCGGUGGCCACUAUUGAUCUGGAUCAGGAGCUAACUCAAA